AUGGAUAGGAAGGAAUCAUGUUGCCGUUGCCGGUUGCCCCCAUUACCGGAUCCUGCAGCACCUGCAAGUGGGGGCGGCGCUACGGCCGUGAGCAUCUCGGCGUUGGUCCCGAGUGGCGACGACCAAGAAGGAGCAGCAGCCAAGCGCUUCCUUGGUUUCUCUGAUUUUGGAUUACAGAGGCGAGGAGCACUCAGGGGACUGGUGAGACAGAUGCAGCGGUGUCAGGAACCAACCAAGGAUGCAGGCACCGAGAAAGUGAAGUCGAAGGUUGUGUACAUGCUGCGAACCUUGUCAAUUAAGAAGGCUGGAUCAGAGAGUUCAAGUGCUCACCAUUGUCAAAGAAGGAUGAGCCCAAAGAUUGAUAUUAGUGACUGUAUCUAUCCUGGCACAGCCAGCAGGCGUACCUUGGUUACAGGUACUACUAUAUGCCACUUUGGAGUUGUGUUGCCCUGGUCCUUGGAACUGCCAUCGAUCAGAUCAGAGAGGGGGGAGCAACAAAUUAAGAUGGAGGAAGUCUGA